UCGGUCGGCUUGGGCUAGGCGCCAAAAACACUAGACGCCAUCUUAUUGUACCCGUGAAACAUUUUUGACUGAAGAAUUCACAGCGACGUACACAACAUUUCUGGUAGUGAUAUUUGACCAGUCACAAUGUUUUAUGCACAUUAUGUGCUGAGUAAGAAAGGUCCUCUUGCUCGUGUGUGGCUCGCUGCACACUGGGACAAGAAGUUGACCAAAGCACAUGUUUUUGAAACUAACCUGGAACAGAGUGUUGAUAACAUCAUUCAGCCAAAGGUAAAAAUGGCUCUGCGUACGUCAGGGCACCUUCUUCUGGGAGUUGUGCGGAUAUACUCUCGUAAGGCCAAGUACUUACUUGCUGAUUGCAACGAGGCAUUUGUUAAAAUUAAGAUGGCAUUUCGACCUGGAGCCGUAGAUCUACCAGAAGAGAAUCGAGAGGCUAAUAUUGCAGCAAUCACCCUCCCUGAGGUCUUCCAUGACUUUGACAGCACCAUGGCAGAUCUGACUGAUAUUGAUGUACAACCACAGUUUAACCUAAACCAGAGCAGAGCUGAAGAGAUUACGAUUAGAGAGGACUAUGGUAACAUAACAUUGGUCGGAGAUGAUGGCUUUGGUGACAUGGGGUUUGACGACAGAGAAAUGCUACGUGAAAGUUCUCACCUUGACCAGACAUUACUCAACACUGCUGAUGCUUCUAACCUGCUGCUGGAGGAACAGCCACCUCCUAAGAAAGAUGUUACCGAUGCAUCACUUGAUAAGCAAAUGGAAAUGGAUUUCGACAAGCCAUUGCAAGAUGAUGGUUUUGGAGGAGCAGUGGGAGAGGGCCUACUGGGCGAUGCAAAUUUUAUGGAGGAGGGUGGCGGCCUAUUUGAUGACGCUCCGAUGGAAGAGGAUCAGGGUGGUGCUGGUGAUGCUGCAAGUUCUGACGGCGGGGAUGUAGGAGGCGGGUUCGAGUCCGAUGCUGAGAGUUACGGGGCUCCAGCAGCUGCAGAUGAUGGUAACUCAACAGAUGGGGAAGCGCUACACCCAGCGCCAGUAUUAGAAGAGCCGCCGGAGGAAGAAUUGGCGGCAGCGGAGGAACAUGGAGAUCAGACUACUCUCAUACAGAAUGAAGAGGAGGCAUUCACAUUAGAACCACUUGAUUCCACAAACAAUCUGGGCAACGAGAGAGUUCGAGUGAAGAGAAAGCGGAAACUGAUCAUUGACGAAAUCAAGGGCAUCGACGGCGACGACAUGCGAGCUCAGUUGUCUGACACGAGUGAUAUCAUCACAACCCUUGACCUGGCACCGCCUACUAAGAAGCUAAUGCACUGGAAAGAGACUGGCGGUGUGGAGAAGCUGUUCGCUUUACCGGGAAGGGCGCUUCAUGCACGUGUGUUAUCCCGACUGUUCACAAACAACCUGGUCACGAGACCCGUGGUCGAGGAUGAGUUUGAUCAGAUCCCUGCCGAGGACAGACUGGAGCUGGACGAGCCGGAGGUACACCGCGAAGUCGAGGAGACGCGCAAAGAGGAGUCUCUCGUCGUGCAAGAGCCGGAGUCACGGUUGGAGGUGGAGCCGCCCGUUGCCACGGAGAUGACCAAGGAGGAGAGCGCGCUGCUGGCGGCGCACCCAGACAUGGUGCCGAUCGUGCAGCCAGACAUGGUGCCGAUCGUGCAGCCAGACAUGGUGCCGAUCGUGCAGCCAGACAUGGUGCCGAUCGUGCAGCCAGACGAGAACCAGGAGAACCAGCCGCCGCUCGACUACGAUCCGUACACGCCGGGCCCCGUCACGCCGUUCACACCUGGCCCGAUCGAGGAACUACCGGAGGAGCGCGAACUCGAGGAGAAGGUGUUGUCGCCCGCCCAACAGCAGCAGGGUGAAGAUGCAGGAGAGGUGGUGCAGAUGGAGGGUGAGGCAGAGGAACAGUUUGAGGAGCGGCGGUGGAACAAGAGGUCUCAGCAGAUGCUCUAUACUCUUCAGCGAGCUCUUAAAUCUCAGGAUGCUGUCAGUUUUGUUGAGAUGACCAGAAAAAACACAAGAAAGCAAGCAGCAUCCAGAUUCUACAUGGUAUUAGUGUUGAAAAAGCAAGGAGCAAUUGAGGUUGAGCAAACAGAUAACUAUGAUGACAUCACAUUGACAAAGGGAACGAAUUUCCACAAAGUAUUAGCAUAAAAUAUAGUGUGAGAUUCUAGUGUUUAGAGGAUGCAGUAUUGUCUACUGCAUGCCAUGUAAAUAGUGUACGUUUUGCAUGUUUAAGUUUUUGUGAAAGAAAGAAACAGGAACAUCGUUUUCUGUUUUGACAUGGUUCAUCAUCCCUACAUCUACUGAUUUGCAGAUGAAUUUUUGCCCAGUUAUUGUAUCCCCCGCGACGAAGUCGGCGGGGCUACUAUGGCUUCAUGUCUCCCCAGCCGCCGCCGCCGCUCUGUCUGCCGCAGAGAAUUUCUCUUCCGCUCUAUAACUCGACCCCUAAUUGACCUAGCGUGACC